CUUGAAAUAAAUAACAAUUGAUUUGAUUUGCAAUCGAAACACAAUUUGUGUCCAAAAUGUCUAUGAAAUGCAAACCAGAGAUUGAUUUCAAACGUCUUCUCAAUAAAUGUCAACAAAUGGUUGAAAACGAUAUGAAAGACAAGAAUCACAACAAUUGGAGACUCGAAAGGUACAUCCAAGCACUCAAUCAAAGGCUUAAACAACUCAAAGAACUUAACGUUUGUCAAGUGAAUGAAACAAAUUUAGCCAAUUAUAGCAAAAAAGUGCAUUUUCUGAACCAAUUGAUUGAAUCCCAACAAUUGAUGACAUCUUCAGACCGAUUGAUGGCCACACAAAUACUGUCUCCCAUUUGUGUCAAUCAAUCAAAUGCUCUCAAAAGUGAUAAAACUAAAGAAAUCCAUCUAAACGUUAAAACAAGGGCUGAAAACGACAUCAGAAGUGAACUCUUUUUUAGUGGCAAAGAGUCCAAUGAUUUGCGGAAAAGAGAGACAAAACAAGAGAGCAAUUCAACCGAUGAUUUCGAUACUGUCGUCAAAUACCAGAACUCUAUUCAGGAAAGAGUGGCCAAAGAAAUGCUUGAAUUGACACAUAAUCUCAAACAUAACGUUAGUCUCAGUAAUGAGAUCAUCAAAAAAGACACAGAGAGUUUGGACAGAAGCGCUGGUUUAGCGCAAAAAAAUACCGACAGUCUUAAGACGAAUACCGAUAAAAUUGGUGACUUUGUCCGCCGCUCGUGUCAGUACUGGCUAUGGAUUAUGUUAUUCAUUGUUUCGUUUACUUUCCUA